AUGGCGGAGAAGAGCGAGCUGCGCGUGCGCUGGCUGGUGCUGUUUCUGUCAUGUGUACUGAUGAUCGGCAACUACUACUGCUUCGACAACCCGGCAGCGCUAAAGAGUCAGCUGCAGCAGCACUUCAGCAACAUCCCAAAGGACCGCUACGAGUUUCUCUUCAACCUGCUGUACACACUGUAUUCGAUCCCCAACAUCUUGCUGCCGUUCUUUGGCGGUGUGCUGGUGGAUCGAUUCGUGAUGUUCGGUUUCGGUGGUGAGAGCUUGGGUGUAGCUCAGGGGACGCUCGUAGCCUCGUGGUUCAAGAACAGUGAGCUCGCACUGGCCUUGGGCAUUAACCUCAGUGUAGCUCGUCUUGGAAGCGUUAUCAACAAUGAGCUGAGUCCAAUCGUCGCUCAAUCAUCCAGUGUGUCGGCUGCGCUUUGGGUGGGUGUCAUCAUGUGUGUGGGAUCUGCCGUCACUGUGCUACUGGUGAUCCCAAUCGACAAGAGAGCGGAGAAGAUGUCGAGGGAGAACCAGAAAGAAGGAGUGACUGCUGCUGAGAGUAUUCACUUGAGUGAUGUCAAACAUUUCCGUCCAGCGUUUUGGCUAUUGGCGCUGAGUUGUUUGGUCGUGUACGGCUGCGUUAUCCCCUUCAACAACGUUGCCAGCAGUCUCCUAAUGGAGCGGGACUUCUUCAAGGAGCCUCCAGAGCUGUGUCGAAGGUGUGGAGAGGGACUCUACAUUGGCGAAAUUGACUGCCAAGAGAUCGUCUCUGGAUGUCCUAGCGUCCCUCCGUACGGAUGGCCACUCCCUCUGUUGUCUGCGAACUGUACGAUCAAAGAGCCACUGGAUCAAUGGGACUGCUCGACUUCUCCUCCACUGAUUCUUGGUGAUAAAAUUAAUUGCGACGAUGAAGCGUGGAAGCUUGGCCCUUUGACCAAGACGUACUGUGCCACGAAGACCGAUGCGGCGCAGAAGACUGCCACUCCAAUGUCCAUCCCGUAUAUUAUCAGCGCGGUUAUUUCCCCGUUCUUAGGCUUUGUGGUUGAUCGGAUUGGUCUCCGCGCCUUUUUAGCGUUAUUGGCUCCUCUAGCACUGACGGUAGUUCACGUCAUGCUCGGGUUGACUCAAGUAUCACUGUACGUGCCGUUGGUGCUGCAAGGUGUUGCCUACAGCGUGUUUGCCGCAGCGCUAUGGCCUUCAGUCCCAUACGUGGUGGAAGCCAAACACGUUGGAACAGCGUACGGAGCGAUCACUGCCAUCCAGAACAUCGGCCUUGCGUUGUUCCCGCUGGCAGUAGCGGCUGAAUUCAACCACGACGACCGAUACAUUCCAGGUGUGGAGUUGUUGUUCGUGUCGUUCGGAGUGCUGGGCAGUCUCGUGGGUAUCGCGCUGAAUGUGGUCGACUACCAGAACGGGUCCAUCUUGAACCAUACAAACGCCAAGAAGAGAAGGGUCUCGCUCAUGCUAGACGAAGAUGCACUCGACCAGGAGGCUCUACUGGCUGCUGAGCAUUAA